GUUUGACGUCAGUGGGGAGUUAAUUUUAAAUCGGUACAAGAUGGCGGAGGGGGACGAGGCAGCGCGGAGGCAGCAGCCGCACCAGGGGCUGCGGUGCCGGCGACGGACCAGCGACCCAAGCACCGGGGUUAACCACGUCUCGUCCACGACCUUCCUAGGUGAGAAUUAUGAAGAUGAUGACCUAGUAAACUCUGAUGAGGUUAUGAAGAAACCAUGUCCAGUACAGAUUGUUCUUGCUCAUGAAGAUGACCAUAACUUUGAGCUCGAUGAAGAAGCUUUGGAGCAGAUAUUGCUACAGGAGCACAUACGAGACCUUAACAUAGUAGUGGUAUCCGUGGCAGGAGCUUUUCGUAAAGGGAAAUCAUUUCUACUGGACUUCAUGCUUAGAUAUAUGUAUAACAAGGAUUCCCAAAGUUGGAUUGGUGGAAACAAUGAACCAUUGACUGGCUUUACAUGGCGAGGUGGUUGCGAAAGAGAAACUACAGGCAUACAAGUUUGGAAUGAAGUAUUUGUGAUCGACAGACCUAAUGGAACGAAAGUAGCUGUGCUGCUAAUGGAUACCCAGGGUGCCUUUGAUAGCCAGUCAACUAUCAAAGACUGUGCAACGGUGUUCGCUCUGAGCACCAUGACUAGCUCUGUCCAGGUAUAUAAUCUGUCUCAGAAUAUUCAAGAAGAUGAUCUUCAACACUUGCAAUUAUUUACAGAGUAUGGCAGACUUGCAAUGGAAGAAAUCUACCAGAAACCAUUUCAGACAUUAAUGUUUUUGAUUCGGGAUUGGAGUUACCCAUAUGAACAUUCAUAUGGUUUGGAAGGUGGAAAACAAUUCCUUGAAAAGAGAUUGCAGGUAAAACAAAAUCAACAUGAAGAGCUACAGAAUGUAAGGAAGCACAUUCACAAUUGUUUCUCAAAUCUUGGUUGCUUCCUUUUGCCACAUCCUGGUCUUAAAGUUGCAACUAAUCCUAGUUUUGAUGGGAGAUUGAAAGAUAUUGACGAAGACUUUAAACGAGAGCUUCGAAAUCUGGUUCCAUUGCUGCUUGCCCCUGAGAAUUUGGUAGAAAAAGAGAUAAGUGGAUCUAAAGUCACUUGUAGAGAUCUUGUAGAAUACUUUAAGGCUUAUAUUAAAAUUUAUCAAGGAGAGGAACUUCCACAUCCAAAGUCCAUGCUUCAGGCAACAGCUGAAGCUAAUAAUCUUGCUGCAGUAGCAGGAGCAAGAGAGAUCUAUUGUAAAAGUAUGGAGCAGGUAUGUGGUGGGGACAUGCCUUACAUUGCACCUUCAGAUCUGGAGCGAAAACACCUGGAUCUCAAGGAAGUGGCGAUUAAACAGUUUCGUUCAGUAAAAAAAAUGGGUGGAGAUGAAUUCUGCCAUCGUUAUCAGGACCAGCUUGAAGCUGAAAUUGAAGAAACCUAUGCAAAUUUUAUAAAGCACAAUGAUGGCAAAAAUAUCUUCUAUGCUGCUCGUACUCCUGCCACACUGUUUGCAGUCAUGUUUGCUAUGUAUAUAAUCUCAGGACUUACUGGCUUCAUUGGCCUAAACUCUAUAGCCGUCUUGUGUAACCUUAUCAUGGGGUUAGCACUGACAUCUCUUUGUACUUGGGCAUAUGUAAAAUACUCUGGGGAGUUCAGAGAAAUUGGAACAAUGAUUGAUCAGAUUGCUGAAACACUAUGGGAACAGAGGAGUCCCAGGAAGGUGUUUUCCAAACUGUUUGAAGUUACUAGACGUCGAAUGGUCCAUCGUGCUCUUUCAUCAGCACAGCGACAGAGACUGUCAUCCAACAAUAACAAGAAGAAAAAUUAGACAGUAUUUUUAACUUUUUUCUCUAUCUGAAGUGUUCCCACUUAUACAUGUAGGACAAUAAGCAGGACCGUCUGGGCCGGUCUGCAUAAAUGCUGUAUACUUACCAGAUUUGAUGCUGCAUAUAGGGUAUGGAAUUGCACAUCCGUCUCCUAGGAAUUGUAAAUGGUUUGAAUAGGAGGAAAGUAGUUUGUGUUGCAUUAUCAAAUGUCUAACUGCAUUAUUUGUAGCAUCGUGACUUUUUUUGGGAGAAGCAUCUUUUUAUUUCCCACAUUCCUGGUUAUUUUCUUCAUUGCUUUGAAUUGAAUUUUUAUAUCUAUUUUUAUAUGUAACUCUUUUUUUACCUCAUGUUUUUAUUUGUUUUGCACAUUUCUCAUACCACAGGUAUUGAAGCCCCUGGGUGAUAAUUUGAUGGAGGAAAACAUAAGGCAGUCUGUAACAAACUCUAUCAAAGCAGGCCUGACUGACCAGGUGUCUCAUCAUGCCAGAUUAAAGACAGACUGACAGUUCAUCUCCUCAUGGACUCCACUCUCCCUUUUUUUCAUGCUUGCUGUACAAUGAGAACUCAAAUAAAAAUAAACCAAAGUUUACAAUCAACUGUAGAAGUAGUUUAGUGUAACUGGCUUCACAGAUGGCUGCCACAGAGUGUGACAAUUGUUUGUUGGUUUUAAGCAUUCUGUUCUUGGCUCCUAAGACACGGAGAUUGGCUGAGGAGCAUUAGUUUAUCAUGCACAUUUGUGCCAUGUUUCUUUUCUUUUUUUUUUUUUUUUCCUUUUAAUCUAAUGUUAGUGAAAUUUGUCUUGUGUAAAAGGAUAUUUCAGGGAAAUAUUUUAAGAAAUCUAUUUAGAGUCUCUUUAACACCAGUGUCCCAUUGAAAUUUUAAUUUUUAGUGAAGUUAUGAAUCACUGUAUCAAGAAUCAGAUCAGAAUGACAAUGAAGCCUUUAUUGAGCCACUACAUUAAAGGUAUAUAUUGCUUUACUGCCUUCAAUACCAGUAUUACAUAAGUGCAUGUAUCAGAAAUUUCACAGAAAUUACAUGACAACUCUUGUAGCUAAGAAAGUGAUUCUGAGGUGUACAUUUGUCUUGCCUUUUUAAAUUUAUAAACCUGCCCUAAAAGGAGAUGCAUAUCUGGGAAACUGAACUGUCUUUAUGCAGUUUAGCCUUCAUGUACAUAAAAUAUGCCAUUAAUUUUAUUGGGGGAGAAAUUCCAUCCAAAAAUGUUGCCUACAGCUAUGAGUUCAGAGUGUCUGUACAGUGUGUAGCUUUUAUUUUCUAAAAUCACAGAUAGGGCAUGUAUAUGAAUUAUAAAUAUAUAAAUACGAUUUUGUAUUAAAAGUUUUGUAGUUUAUGGCAAAAUCUGGUUCUGUGGUAGGCUAAGUACAGUCCCUGUGAAGGAAUGUUUGUGGCUCAUGUCAGUGUGUGAAUGCAUAGACAAUUUGAAGUUUUUGAUAUAUUUGUGAUAUUUAUCUUCCUUGAGCACUGCAAUCUCACCCCCCAAGGGAAUUCAAUGGGAAUGUUUAUCGUGACUUUGUCCUCUGUUGCAUUUUAAAGUUAUUUCCUGUAAUUUAUUUUCAGUACAUAAUUAAAAAUUUGUUGUAUAUAUAAAA